GACCAUUCAUUGGUACUGCGACGGUCCUGAGCCCACCCAAGAAGCGAUAAGAUACGACGAGCGAGUUCACAAACAGAUGGAUGACGCAAAGAGGAGAGCUUUGAUCAAGUCCCAAGCCGUCAAGAAGAGGGAAUCCGGCGAGGAGGUUCCUAAGGCGUCAGCUUCAGUCCCUAAAAGGAAACUGACGACAAAAUCCGACCGUCCCUUUAAGCAACCAAAGGUCUCUCUUGAACUUGUGGUUGGCUUAAUGGCUGAGGGUAACAAGGCCGUCACCCCAGCGAAGCAGGGGAAGGGUAAGGGAUUGAUGACGAUCCCAGACGGUAAGCAAGAGAGACCUCCUUCCCUUCUCCGUGAUGACUCCAAGUAUGCAUUGGAGAAGCUGUCGUCCAUCAUCACGGCAGAAGACUAUGAAGACCUGGGAAACCAUUCGACGGAGGCCAUGGGGGAGACGGGCCUCUUCGCCGUCGCUCAGUCCUUGGUCAUGAUGAAGGGACUACUUGACCGGUGUCUCAACCGUGAGAGUACCUUGGACCGGGUGCGCGCGAAGGCGCAGCAGACGGAGGAAGAGCUCGGACAACUUCAGAGAUGGAGGUCCAAGAUGGAGAAGAAGCUGGAGCUUUCUGAGCAGGCGAGGAAGGAGCUGGAGGAGAAGACGGCCACUUCGCUGACGGUCAUAGAGAAUAAAGAGGCUGAGAUCAAACAACUCAGAGAAGAGCUCCGUCAGGCUAAAGUGGCAGCCGUCGAGGAGUACCGAUGCUCGGAGUCCUACUUGUUAUCUUGUGUUGAUUGA